GGCAUUUCUGGCUUUGUUCAACAUCUGAGGCCUGCCGGGAUUGCUUACUAACGUUGCUCACAACACCAUCAACUGACUUGAUUCCCAAUCCCGAUCCUCGCGCUCUUUCCAAGCCCGAUGAAUGAUGAUUCACACGAGUCUCGGAAUCGGAUCUGUCCCUCGACUCACUCGCGACUCUCGAGUCAGUUCUGUGUUGUUCUCAAAGAUCUUCGUUCAUGUCUGUGACUCUACUCAAAGCACAACAAGAGAACAAGUGAAAAAAGAGGUGGUCUUGAUUUGACUCGUGAAUCUCCAGUAUUAAAACCUCUCCGUCCAUUUUGUGCUACAUUAGGCCCAUUGAUCUUUCAACAUGGAUAAUUGUUGUGAUAGCAUGUUGAAGUACAUUAUCUUCAUCUUCAAUUUCUUCCUCUUCAUGACGGGUGUGGCCCUGAUUGUCAUGGGAGCCUAUGUCCACAUCGAAAUGAACCAAUACCUGAACUUUUUGGAUGACUCCUACUUGACCUCGCAAACCGUGUUCAUUGUGGUGGGCGUGGUCAUCCUCAUUGUCGGAUUUUUCGGCUGCUGUGGGGCGUGCACCGAAAGCUAUUGCAUGAUGUAUACCUUUGCCAUCCUCUUGGCUGUUGUGAUUAUCACUGAGAUUGGUUUGGCCAUUGCCGUGUAUAUCUUCCGGGGUCAAGCUCACGAUGAGAUCAAUCGGAAAAUGAUCGAAGGACUGAAGAACUACAGCGAUGAUCCCAACUCUCCUUAUGCUGGUGUGACCAACACGUGGACUGUUAUCCAGAGCGAUUUCAAUUGCUGCGGGGUGACCAAUUAUAUGGAUUGGAAAAAUGCCACCUUCUCCCAGAAUGCCAAUGUUCCUGCAUCUUGUUGCAAAGCGACUCCUCCCACCAGAGAUUGUGGUAAUGGAAUGUUGAAUGGAACUAGUGACCUGAGUAACAUUUAUCAAGAAGGUUGCCUGGUCAAGUUGGAACUCUUUGUGGAGGAGAAUAUCAGCGCGGUGGGUGGAAUCGCCAUUGGAAUCGUAGUGUUACAGAUCUUAGGCGUGCUUGUGUCUUGUAUGUUGGCUGGUAACAUGAAGAGGCGGGCCAACUAUGUCUAGCUCGGUGGAGCGCAACUAGAGCCAUCGAUUGAAAUCCCUUUAUGCGUCUCACGAAGUCCUGUCUCUCAGAUGAUUGAAAUGCCAAAAGCCUCGACCACUAGAGGAGCUCUUUUAGUCACUUGAAUCCUUGACAAUUGCCGUAUUGAUGAUCAUUUGGUCUAUUUAUGCCAUUUUCUUGUGCCUUAUUCGAGGGCUCCUUUUUUAUCAAUGGGAACGAAAUCUCACCAGAAAUAGGAACAAAAUAAAAAAAUGGAAAACACAA